AUGCCGCCAUUCAUCUACAUCAACGGCUAUCCCGGGGUGGGCAAGCUCACUGUGGCCAAAGAGCUGAGCAAACUGCUCCCGAAAGCCAAAACUUUUAGCAAUCACCUCCUCAUCGAUCCCGCUGCAGCUGUUUUCGACAGAACUGCGGAAGAGUACCAGCGUCUUCGCCAGGUCUUGCGCAGGGAAGUCUUGACAUCUAUUGCAACCGCCAAGUCAACGCGCGACGUUACCUGGAUCUUUACGGACCAGCAGUCUUCGAGCAAUCUCGGAAGCUCCUCUGCCAGAGACUACCAGAAUGCCGCCCGUGUCCGCGGCUCUCCGUUCAUCUCCAUAGUCCUGCAUUGCGAGCUGGAAGAGAACUUAACGAGGGCCACAGGUAGGGAUAGAGGCAAGGGAUCCAAUACCAAACUCACCAAUCUAGACAUUCUGCGCAGUAUCAGGGAAAGAGAGGACAUAUUUCGUUUCCAAGAUGAAUAUGAACUGGAGCUGGACGUCACGCAGUUGACUCCCAGCGAAGCGGCUGCCGCGAUCCGCGAUCACGUUGGUACGGCCCUCCGGUGA